ACCCGAAAAGUUGAAGGGCACAAUUGCGUUUUUGCCUAAUUUUCCGGUAAAAUAAAAAUCACGUGCGCAGCAGGUGAUAACAAACUCUUCCAAUCAAUUGACAAAAGCACCCCUUCCAUUUUAUCAAUUGCCAAACAACACCACUCGUGGAUCACUGCGUCACGGUCUCCAUCCUCCGUCGGCGGCGUAUUCUCCGCUCCGCCAUCCUCACAUGUCCAAUUCUCUACUGCGUCCCCUCCAUUUGCGGCCAAUACCUCAUUUCCCGUCUGCACUCGUGCGCGUCGGAGCCAAGAAUCCCCGCGCUGUACCUUUCUCAAUUCUAAACCUUACUUCAAUGUGAGCUUCAAGCAACCGCCGGCCACUUCCUUCGAUCAUGUCUUCGGAACCUAUUUCUUCGUCGACUAAUUCUUAUCUGAAUCAACUCGAUGACUUGGCCGAUUUCGAGAAGAUUCUCUCUCCCAACGGAGGCAUCUCUAUCUGCGGCUUCGGUUCUAUCCUCUCUGAGUUGCGAGAUUGAAUGGAUUCCGGCGUGUAUUUGCACAUGUAGCUCCGAUUUUCUUCGAGCAUGAAAUCGCUAAUCCUGAAACCAGGGUGUGCAUACGCAAUUCUAAUAUUUUGCUUAUGAUCUGUUUGGUUUCCAAAUUCCUAGAAAAUUUAGGCAAAGAAGCAUUAUCUAGUAAAGACACCAAAAAAAUUGGUCCCAAAGGCAAAGAAGUUGGCUUUUUAGCAAUUCAUUUUGAUGUUGGUGACGAUGAUUUUCAGGAGAUUUCAAGCUUGAGUGUGGAGCCUUGUGAGGGAGAAACCCUCAUUGUCACUGUCUUUGAGAUUCAAAAAUCAGAGAUAUCAGCUUUCAUGGAGAGAGAACUCGAGUUCCACUUUCUAGCUGUCCUGCCUGAAACGCUUCAUGGAGAACCCUUUGGCCAUCCUGCAGUCUCUGUGCUCGGUAUAGUGAUGAAGAAUUUUUCCAAAUCAGAUGGAAAGGUAACUUUUAAUAAGAUUCCUAUUGGUCAUUGUCAAUACCCAAGAUUACAAGGGAAAGGAUAAUGUUAGUUCUCAAUGUUGCUUUAUAUAUUUCCUAGAAGAAGGUAUGCUUCAUAAGAUACUACCAGAUUAAGGUUUGUUGAGCCAAUGAAGAACUGUGCCCCAUUACAGCUUUUAAACACAUAUUGAGCCAAAGUGCAAUGUUAUGAGACCUGAAAACGAUUUUCCUUGUCAUCUCGUGUUCAUACAUAGCACAUGUAUCAUCAUAUCUCCUAGCACAUACCAAGCUGCUUAAUAGACAAAAGAAUGAGAGUCUAGACUUCACCCUAGACAUGGAUAGAUCUUCACAAAGAAACAGAACAAUUUGAUAUAUUGAAAGAUUUGUUCUUGUCAGAUUCCCAUACCAAAUUUCCUUGCUAUUCCUUCUACACAAAGGUUAAGUAGGGAAUAGCAUUUGAAUUUCUGGGCCUCAUCAUUGAACUCCAAAAUUUAAUCUGUUGGUUUUCCAAUUUUUUUUCCUCUUGACAGGAAGCAAGGAAAAUAUAUUUUCAGCACUAUGGAUGAUACAACAUUGAUAAGAUUUGGCGAGAUGGUGUCUUACCAUGCUGUGUCUAUCUUAGGCACUGUGUGUUGGCAGCUAAGAACCCUGGUGACGUUGCAUAAAACAACUUUCUAGAUCACACAUACCUUGGAGAUCGUAAGACAAUCAUCCGUACAUAUUUAGCUACAACAGGUUCAGGCAUCACGGAAGAGGAGCCACCAGAAUCCCUCAAGACCCGCUAUAGUGGUUGACAUAAACAAAUGGUCAGAUAUGGUGGUUGACCCAUUUCACUCUACGGCAUUCGGCAUUCUCUUCUCAUUUCCCUUUUAUUGGCUAGUUAGGAUAUGCUACGUGAAGCUUUUGUGAACAAUAUUAAAGAAUCUCAGUUGUUCCCAUUUUAUUCUAACCCUAUCGAAUAUGAAAUGUGUUAUUCCUUCGGCUUUCCAAAAAUUGAGGGCACGACCCACCAUCCCAUUUAGAUCAUUGAUGGGUCAUCCCUACCCGGAUUGUGACACAACGUAGGCAUGAGGCUCGACCCGACAUCACAUUUAGAUCAUCGAUGGGUCAUCCCUCCACCUGACAGGGCGAGUAAAAUCGAGUGCUUCGG